AUGGCAACCGACAAGCCGUUUGGCAGCCUGCCCAAAAAUGCUGAUUCGUCCUCUGUGAAGCCCUUCACGGUGGAGUUCCCCGAGGACGAAGUCAAGCGGAUGAUCGACUUGCUCAAACUCACCAGAGUUGCAGAACCUGUCUACGAGAAUUCUUUGGCCGGUGAUGACCGACGGCUUGGACUGAGGCGGGACUGGCUGGUGGAGGCUAAGCGGAUAUGGGAGACCGAGUUUGACUGGCGGAAAAGCGAAGACCAUAUCAACUCAUUCCCGAACUACAAGGCGAAGAUAUCGGACAAGCUUGGCGAGUUUGAUGUGCAUUUUGCAGCGCUGUUUUCGAGCAGAGAGGACGCCAUCCCGAUCGUGCUACUUCACGGGUGGCCAGGAUCAUUUCUGGAGUUUCUGCCUCUUCUUAGUCUGCUCAAGAAGAAAUACGGCUCACCCGAGAAGCUACCGUAUCAUGUCGUUGUACCCAGUCUACCGGGCUAUGGGUUCUCGAGUUACCAACCUGUGGAGCAUGACUUUGCCCAGGCCGAUUGUGGUCGAGUUAUAGACGCACUGAUGAGGCAACUCGGCUUUGGUGGAGGCUACGUUGCUCAGGGAGGAGACGUUGGAAGUCGGGUGGCCAGAGUCAUGGGCGUUGAGCAGGAAGCAUGUAAAGCUGUGCAUGUGAACAUGUGUCUGAUGACCGACGAGAAGAAAAUGGACAUGAGUGCGCUUACUGAAUCCGAAAAGGCUGGUAUUGAGAGAUGGAAGAACUGGCGGGCGACUGGAAUGGCUUACGCCAUUGAGCAGGCUACCAAGCCAGCCACGCUCGGAUUUGUGUUGACCAGCAAUCCGCUCGCCACUCUGGCCUGGAUCGGCGAGAAGUUCCUCGACUGGACCGAUGAAGACCCCUCAAUCCCAGCGAUCCUCGAAGCCGCGUCCCUCUACUACCUCACAGCAUGCACGCACUCUAACAUUUGGUCCUAUCGCCAUUCGUUCACUGCAGGGUCAAAAGGCCACGAUCAUCCAGAUGUCUUCAUACCCAAGCCGAUGGGAUACAGCCUGUUUCCCAAGGAGAUUCAGCCGGCUCCCGUGAGUUGGGUCAAGCAGACGGGAAAUCUGGUUUGGAGUAAUGUGCAUGAUAAGGGAGGGCACUUCGCGGCCUUCGAGCAGCCAGAGUUGUUAUUGGGGGAUGUGGAGGCUUUCGUCGCCGAGGUGUGGAAGAAGUAA